UUUUUCUGGUAUAGAUUAUUUCCUGCUUGAUACACAAUUCGUAUGAUACUUGAGGAACAUCAUUACAGCUGACUAUGACCUGUACAGCGAAGUCUGCCCCGAAGACAGGCCGCUUAUUACACAGGUCAGGUUGCUGUGAUGGCGGUGAAGCUGCAAGGCUUUGAGUUCUGGAAGACUACGCUGAGGGGGGCGCGUUACGUCGUUGCACCCAUGGUGGACCAGAGCGAACUGGCCUGGCGUCUACUGAGCCGUCGCCAUGGCGCCGAGCUGUGCUACACGCCCAUGCUGCACGCGCAGGUGUUUGUACGCGACGCCAACUACAGGAAAGACAACCUGUACAGCGAAGUCUGCCCUGAAGACAGGCCGCUUAUUACACAGUUCUGUGCCAACGACCCAGAGGUGUUUGUCCAGGCAUGUCUACUGGCUCAGGAUUACUGUGACGCUAUCGACCUCAACCUGGGAUGCCCACAGAUGAUCGCCAAAAGAGGGCACUACGGAGUCUUCCUACAGGAUGAGUGGGAGCUGCUGGAGAAGAUGGUGAAGCUAGCCAAUGAGAAGAUCUCUGUUCCCAUCACCUGUAAGAUCCGUGUGUUUAACAAGAUGGAGGAGACCGUUCAGUACGCUCAGAUGCUGGAGAAGGCUGGCUGCCAGCUGCUGACCGUUCACGGCCGGACCAAGGACCAGAAAGGACCCGCGACAGGCAUCGCUAGCUGGGAACACAUCAAGGCUGUACGGAACGCUGUUAACAUCCCUGUGUUCGCUAACGGUAACAUCCAACACCUGAGUGAUGUGGAGCAGUGUAUGGAGGAGACUGGAGUACAGGGGGUGAUGAGUGCAGAGGGGAACCUCCAUAACCCAGCUCUGUUUGAGGGUCACAGCCCUCCUGUAUGGGAGAUGGCUGAGGAGUAUCUAGAGGUGGUCAGUCAGUACCCUCCCUGUACCCUGUCCUAUGUCAGAGCACACCUCUUCAAGCUCUGGCACCACACGCUGCAGAUCCACAAGGACCUGAGAGAGGAGCUGGCCAAGGUGAAGAACCUGCAGGGGCUGACAGAGGUCAGCAGACAACUCAGACUACGCUGCCAGGAGGAGAUAACCAAUGGAGGAGAGGAGGCGGGGCAGGUGGUUGGGCUGCCAUUCCCUCAUUGGAUCUGCCAGCCGUACGUCAGACCAGUGCCGAAGGCUCCGGUUGCUAACAGCAACGGUACGGAGGUGAAGGCAGUGUGUCACAAGAGGGCGUUGUCACAGGAGGACUCGGACGGGGCGAGCGAUGCCCUCUCCAAAAACAAACAGAAGAAGAAAGCCAGAAACCCCCACAAGAACUUCUGUCCCGAGCAGAAACCAAAGUACAUCAAGUGUGAGCAGUGUGGAAAUCCAAAGGGUAAUCAUUGUGUAUUCAACCUGUGUCGAGGCUGCUGUAAAAAGAAGGCCCACAAGGAGGUGGCAGACUGCCCAAGUCACGGGCUGAGGUUCAAGACCAAGGCAGAGAAACAGAAGUCAGAGCGGCAAGAGGAGGAGGAGGAGGGAAAGAGCAGAGGAUUACAGGAGGAAGAGGAUGAAGGAUUGUUGAACGGGACCCCCAGCCCCCCAACAGACCCCCCACAGAGGACAGACUGUGGCCUGAGACAUGGACUAACAGGGACAUAGACAUCCAUUCAUAAGUAGAGCAGUACACACACACACACACACACACACACACAGACACACACACACACACCAGGAUGUGAGAAACUUUAUCCAUCAACAGUAUACAGAGACACAAGAACGUAUUGUAAGGAACACACAUGUGCAUCCAUACUGUCUCAUACAUACUCACCACUGUCCUCCAUUGCUGCUGUGCUGAACUGGCUUUGAUGGGGUUUCACCACUACACCCUCCUCCUACCUGACUGACUGGGGGGAGUCUUCCUGGACUGAUGUAAUGGAUAGACUCCUCCUACCUGACUGAUGUGAUGGAUAGACUCCUCCUACCUGACUGAUGUAAUGGAUAGACUCCUCCUACCUGACUGAUGUAAUGGAUAGACUCCUCCUACCUGACUGAUGUAAUGGAUAGACUCCUCCUACCUGACUGAUGUAAUGGAUAGACUCCUCCUACCUGACUGAUGUAAUGGAUAGACUCCUCCUACCUGACUGACUGGGGGAGUCUUCCUGGACUGAUGUAAUGGAUAGACUCCUCCUACCUGACUGACUGGGGGGAGUCUUCCUGGACUGAUGUAAUGGAUAGACUCCUCCUACCUGACUGAUGUAAUGGAUAGACUCCUCCUACCUGACUGACUGGGGGGAGUCUUCCUGGACUGAUGUAAUGGAUAGACUCCUCCUACCUGACUGGGGGGGAGUCUUCCUGGACUGAUGUAAUGGAUAGACUCCUCCUACCUGACUGGGGGGGAGUCUUCCUGGACUAAUUUCUCUCUUGGACUUUAGCAUAACAAGUCAAGCUUUGAAGUCAACGGGAGAUUCACCCCAAAAAGUCCAGUUCCAAGUGGGUCUUCCUCGUUGGUCUGUAGCCGUUUCUGGAAGGAGGAAGAGCUCAUGGAGUCGUAACAGUACAGGAAGGAGGAAGAGCUCAUGGAGUCGUAACAGUACAGGAAGGAGGAAGAGCUCAUGGAGUCGUAACAGUACAGGAAGGAGGAAGAGCUCAUGGAGUCGUAACAGUACAGGAAGGAGGAAGAGCUCAUGGAGUCGUAACAGUACAGGAAGGAGGAAGAGCUCAUGGAGUCGUAACAGUACAGGAAGGAGGAAGAGCUCAUGGAGUCGUAACAGUACUAUCCCAGUACUGCUCAAUCUCUACAUGUAUUUGUCCUUUUGGUUGUGGUCAAUAAUGGGACUAUUUCCUGGUGAUCUUUGUCAUGUUUUUUCUCCCCCUCUGAACUAGAAGGAUAUUUUAUCACCUGACUGUUAGAAUGGUGACUGUCUGUCCAACAGGAGUCAGUCUGUUUUUAUAUCAUUUUUCAUCAAGCUCCUCGUCUUAAUGUGUGCCUGUGUGAUGAUGUGUAGGGCUUGGAGUUUGUUUUUUUUCUAGGCCUUUCUCCAGAAAGUAUUUUAGGGUAGGGAUGCUGAUCUGAGAUCUGUUCAAUACAAUCAUAUUCAUUAUUCAUCAUUGUUGGGGCGGCAGGUAGCCUAGUGGUUAGAGCGUUGGGCCAGUAACCGAAAGGUUGCUAGAUCGAAUCCCUGAGCUGACAAGGUAAAAAUCUGUCGUUCUGCCCCUUGACAAGGCAGUUAAGCCACUGUUCCUAGGCCGUCAUUGUAAAUAAGAAUUUGUUCUUAACUGACUUGCAUAGUAAAAUAAAGGUUAAAUAAAUAAAUUUGACCCAUACAAACACAGAAUAUCAUUCACUACAUGGAACAAUGGAUAGUCCCCCAACAAACAACCAAAAGACAGUUUGUUCUGAAGUGUCUGACCUAUAAGAAAAUGAUCUGAGAUCUGUCCAUAUAGGUCUUAAUCAUUAUGAUCUGAAAGGCUAAACUGAUCCUAGAUCAGCACUCCUACUCUGAGACGCUUGGUGGAUACGGGCCCUGGUCUGGCCAUGAGGUAAAACUCCUGGUCAUUCUGAUGGUGCAUUCAUGACAAGUCGGAAACGUUAAACUUCGAGUUAUUUGCAUAGAGCUUCCUAUUGGUUAAUUCUGAUACUUUCCAAGUGGGGAACCCUGGGACCUCAUCUUUCUUCAAGUUUCCAAGUCGUCUAUGAACACAGCAGUACUAGGAACCAAACGUAACAAAACGUUUUCCAUUGUGAAAUCGUUUUGCUACGGUUUGCACAAAUGAAUACACCCCAGGUGAGAACACUCCAUGCUAAAUCACACGUGGAAACUAUUUCACUUCAAAUAAUAUAUAAAUGAUUUACAGAGUCAUAUUUGAUUUCUCUUUGUGGUGGUUUCAUUUAUUUUAUGGGGGUUGGGGGGGGGGGGGGUUGCUUGCGUUGAGUUCAGUGCCUUCUGGUAGACAUAACACUUGGCCUAUCCAGUCAUAUAUGAACUUGAGGUUAAAUAAAUGGAAGUGAGAAAUGGUGCAUUUGAUAUUUCUCUCUUAACUAUGA